AUGUCUGAGAAGAGCAGAGGACGAGCUAGGCUAGAGAGAGUGGCUGGUUGCGACAAGAGAAGGCCUCCACCCGAUCUCACCUGGUUGUUCUCUCAGGUAUCAACAUCAGUUGUGGAUACACACCGACUUUUUCCAGAAAGCAACCUUCAAGAAAAUGGCGGUAAUUCGACCCUAUUUCAAGCCCUGCCAGCUGGAACAGAGGGUGUUUCUCUCCUGGACCAGCAGACCUACCGCCAGUGGAAAUCGUUCAUGGGGCAGCAGAAACUCUCGCACCCUCGUCGCUUGCGUCGCUCCACCAUAAUCCUCCAACCCUUCACCGCUCCCUCCCUCCCCGGCUACUCACUCUCCGAGGUUGCCCCCGUCGUUUUGCAACACUUACAGCGAUUCUGCACGGCUUUCUUCAGUGGGAUGAGUGUGGAGCUCGCCCCUUCUCUGAACCUAAGGUCCAUAGCAAGUCUUACGUCUCGGGUUCACACGAGUACAAAUAGAACACAGUACCUUGUGGGGGACAUACUGGCGUAUCUCCAACGCCACAGACCGAGCCACGCCCAGUGUGUAAUGGGUGUGGCCACAGUCGACCUCUACCCGAGCCCCGAGUGGAACUUUGUCUUAGGCCACGCCUCCCUUACAAGUGGGUGUGGCAUAUUUGGGUUUGGACGCUAUUUCUCAUCGCAGUUUUCAAGUACCGCCCCCACCGUUGAACAUCAAUUAGGCCAGCUAUGGGUGUUAGCGAGAGUGGUCACCCAUGAACUCUGCCACACUCUGGGAAUGAAACACUGCUACUAUUUCCACUGUGCUAUGAACGAGAGCACCUCCAUCGAAGAGGCGGCCACCCAGCCCCUAUUCCUAUGUCCGGUCUGUCUCAGGAAGCUAAAAAAAUGGCUCAGAUUCGACAUUUUUGAGAGGUAUUCUCAAAUGAGGGAAGUCCUUGAGGAAACUGUAGAGGUGAUAAAGGAUGUUAGUCCACAGGUUUCUCUCUCUGUCCCGGGAAACUAUCACACUUCCCAAGAACCGGGAGACCACCACUGUGAUGCUGAGGAGGGAAAGGUCCACCCUCCAAGUGAAUCCGUGUUUGUUGGUACACACGGGCCAAAUAACGGUUCGUUACCCCAGGGGUUUCAACUGCAACGUCUGCAGGCGGCGUGUCAGUGGCUUCACACUGCCAGAGAAUCAGCCCACAACUUUUGUCAGUCGUGA